AAACUGGGUGACAGUGGCGAACCAAAUGUCUCCAAUAGUCAACACUUGAAUUUACGUACUGCUGUGGCACGGAGGCACCCGUCACGUAAUGAGUGAAACAGAGGCCACGUAAUAAGGUAAUUAUAAAUAUCAAACGGCAAUGUUCCUAACUGUUUCUAGUUGUGCUAACCAGAAAACAAGAUACUUUACGACACGAUGAACACCAAAUGAGUAUACUGAACCAGGUAGCAUGAAGUGUAAGAGUGUAUCCGGGUUAAUGGAGCACAUCUCAGUCAAUGGUAUUCCUUUGGGGUUUAAAUUUUAAAUACAAAUUUACUUCAGAGAUAUUUAAAGGCACCAGGUGCAGAGGUUUAAAUGGUUUCAUUCCGUAAUGGCUUUUAGGAUAAUCAUCUGCCUACAGAGUUUAUUACAAUGAUUUUGGUUGUCAUUCUAUGGGAAAUUAGACAAUUUUGUUCUCGUUAAGUCAAUUCAGUUCCGCGUGUCCGCCAUUUUGUUUAUACCCGGAAGUGUGUAUGUAUACUAUAAAAGAAACUAAUAAGGAAAUGUAUUUCUUUAAAAGAAACGAAAUUCUUUGAGACACCAUAACUCGGCUAAGGUGUUCUCAUUUACGUCCAAUAUACAAUCACACCUUGUGUUUGACAAAUAACCCUGCCAUGGAAAAGUAUACCGUUAAGUGUACAGCAUUGGGAAAGUACAUGAUGGAGGCACAUAUCUUCUAAUGUACAGUACCUACGAAAAAUCAUGACUUUACACUGGAACUGCUAACACCGUGAAAUAUGACAGCAGUCUAUUUUUUUUUUCAUUUUAAUGAGAUCUCCCUCUAAACUUUCUAAGACAUUACGGCGAUGCUUUUCGACGAUGUUAAGAUUGACAUUUUAAAUCACAAUUCUCUCUUUACCGUUCAUAAUAUAUAUAUAAUGUAUAUAUAUAUAUAUAUAUAUAUAUAUAUAUAUAUAUAUAUGUGUGUGUGUGUGUGUGUAUUAGUGUGUGUGUUUGAGAUUAAAUUGUAAGGCAGCCUUGUUAAGACACUAAUUCAUUGUUGUGGCUCGAUACAGAUCCCGGCUCGUCUUACGUACCGUAGUGAAAAUCGCAUGUGUUUUCACAGGUUAAUACGCCCACACACACACAACCAAGUGAUGUUGGCGGCAAAUGCAAGCCUAGCUGCAGUUUAUAGUUUACUUACGUCUUCAUUCAGUCUGGUUUUGUGAAGACGUCAUGCGUGUAAAUACAGACAGAAUGUGAAUCACAGAUACAGGAAAUCGCUGUGUAGAUUUCCACCUAUAGGCUCACUAUAGACACGAAGUAUUUAAUCGGCUGGAUCUUAUAACCUGUGUCACGUUCACUGGUGUACAAAAGGGAAUAAAUUACAGAGUAUUUAAUUCAAUUACGAUUACGAAAAGUUAAAGCGGUUGAGUUGUUUUUGUUUUUUUCUUUUACGACAAUACACGUAUUUUAAAAACUACAAAUGUUUAAGUGUUAGAAUUUUUUAAAAUUAAAAAAAAAGUGUCUUACAUUAAGCGGAAAUUUGACUGGGCAGGGUGUGGGCUGAAAUGUUUGAUAACUGUUGCUCCCAGAGCUAAAAAACCAUGGAUGAUUAAUGAAAACCCUUAAAGUCUAUGUUAGCCAGUGGGCAGCUCUGGUUCGAUGAUACCACACAAAUGGUGCGAUGGUACCACACCACACACUCACAAGCAGUGUUGACUUUAGGUAACUUCAAUAGUGGCGGACGCAAGGAGGGGAUUCAUUUCUUAGGGGCGGAAAUAUGAAGGGGAAAAAAAGACAAUUUUGAAGAAUUAGUGAAGUUAUAAUUAUUACUAUUAUGAUUGGAGUUUUUAUAUAGCGUGGUACCCCAGCCUAGGGCUGGGCCCACCACGUUGCACAUACAAUUUAACUAACUUGAUCAUGAACUUAAAAAUUAACAUACAUUAAUUAAAUAAAACAAACAAUAUAUAUAUUUACUCCACACAUUUACUCCAAAGCUAUUUACAUAUGAAGCCAUUGACGUAUAGUGGUCAGAUGGGGGGGGGGGGGGGGGAAUCAGUCAGGAUAGUAGAGAUUAAAUAGAUGUGUUUUGAAUGCAGUUUUGAAGGCUGUGAUGGUCGGUAUAUUGUGGAUGUGUAGUGGAAGAGAAAUCCGUUGUUUGGGGGCACAGAAAGAGAAAGAUCGUUCACCGUAUGUUUUUGUUCGAGUCUUGGGGACAGAAAGAAUAUGCGCGUCUGCGGUGGAGCGAAGCUGUCGGAGGGGUGAAUAGAAAGAGAGAAGUUCGUUUAGUUAGGAAGGGCAGGAAUUCGAGACAAAGUUGUGGCGGAGAACAUAGAUUUUAUAGUCAAUCCGUGUUUCUUUAAACCAGAUAAGCUUCUUAUUAACCCACAAAAGAACGCUACAAUUCAUUCUAUGAACCAGAUUUUAUACACAGCUAAGCACUCAGUUAAUGGUCGAUUUUUUAAAGUUAUCAACUCACAGUGAAUUUAUUUAAAAUUUGUGUACGAUGUGUUAAAAAUUAGAGACAGAUGAUAAAAAGAAGAAUGCGUGGUCUUAGCAUCUGAAAAAAAAAUUAAAUUCAGCUGCACCGGCUUAGAAAGAGGAGAGGGCAGUAGGCGGGGAGGGGGUGUCAGGUCAGCACUAGGUUCACCCAAGUUGGCACUUCUUUACUAUGACACUUUCGGUCCGCUGAACAGAAAAGAAAUUAACUUUGUUAUAUUAAAAGAGGCAAAAAAAUAUUUUAUUUCACAAUGAUUGACAUACAAAAAUCAAACAUUGAAACUAGGAAAAUUUGGUCCGAAUUCUACAUUUCUCUUGAUAUUCAGACACAGAAAUUUGGUCCAAAUUCUACAUUUCUCUUGAUAUUCAGACACAGAAAUUUGGUCCAAAUUCUACAUUUCUCUUGAUAUUCAGACGCAGAAAUUUGGUCCAAAUUCUACAUUUCUCUUGAUAUUCAUACGCAGAAAUUUGGUCCAAAUUCUACAUUUCUCUUGAUAUUCAGACACAGAAAUUUGGUCCAAAUUCUACAUUUCUCUUGAUAUUCAGACACAGAAAUUUGGUCCAAAUUCUACAUUUCUCUUGAUAUUCAGACACAGAAAUUUGGUCCAAAUUCUACAUUUCUCUUGAUAUUCAGACACAGAAAUUUGGUCCAAAUUCCACAUUUCUCUUGAUAUUCAGACACAGAAAUUUGGUCCAAAUUCUACAUUUCUCUUGAUAUUCAGACACAGAAAUUUGGUCCAAAUUCCACAUUUCUCUUGAUAUUCAGACACAGUUAGAAAGAAAUAUGAGAGGAAAUUAUUGCGCGAGGGUAAAAAUAAACUUUGACUUUUAACAAAGGCGCUAGCCAUCAAAAGGCGGCAUCAGAGGGAGGUGCUCUUACAUCAGAGAUACUUUCGUCAUAUUUUCGGAAAUCGGCCCUAAUCCCAAAACAAACUUGUGGAUACCUUCCAAGACACCACCCAUUCCACGUAACCGGAUACCACUGAGAAUUACAUUUUUUGUUUACUUUGACGCAUCUUACCUUAGAUUUUCGAUAUGAGGGGGGGGGGAGGGGGGUGGGGCAUGUAUUUGUGAAGACUCAUGAAAACAUUUUAACGGUCAUAAAUAUGAAUUCUGGGACUCAUCGUCCCUACUAACCCUUUUGAGUUACGCCAAUGUUCAAAGUACAUAUAUUCGUAAUGUGACUUAUUCGUGGGGUCACUGGGCGGCAAAAAAUCUUGUCCCCGCCCCUCCCCAAAUCAAAGCGGCACUUACCCUGGCUACGUAAUUGUUCAGCAGAUAUUAUUGCAUUAGAACUGUUUGAAUAGCUAUUUUCCUUAACAAGAAACGUGACAGAAAAGUCAAGUCCCAUAAUGUAUUAUAGACCAUAUAUCUUGACUUGAUUGCUCUCUUUCCGAAUGGGUACGUUGCAAUCCGAUUUUUUGCUAAUAGUCCCAAUAGCAGUCGCGAAUGCUGACAGAACCCUCUCGAAGCUCAAACUCAUAAGUGAGACAUCUUCGCUCUACCACGUCUCAAGAUUGCUAAGUUGGCUUGGCUGCAGUCUCCACAGAACGAGCGAUUGCUGAAGAGAUGGAUAUGAUCGAAACAAUUCAGGAUUUUGCUCUUGUCGGCGCAGGAAAAGUAUGAUGUUAUGUAUCGGUAGUGCAACACCAGUAACUUUUCCUUUGUUACGUUCAACCAUAGAGCUCGUGUUAUUUUGGACAGUACCAAUCAGCCGCAGUCGCUCCAUUAUAGCAGCAUGCCAAUUGAAAUUGCAAUCCCAAAACAGCACUAAAAAUGUGCACGCUAAGCCUGAAAGACAAGUACAGACUUUCCCCCACCUCUGUGUCUGGCGACAUACGUGUAUAUUUAUUGAUCCAUGUCUUGCGUGCGUAUAUAUCUAUUCAUUUGUAUAAGCAGCUCUUUAGAACGAUCUUACCGAGUGAAUUUCAUAACACACUUGGCAGGCCAAGAUAUUUGACGUUUCACUUAUUCGGAAAAAAACUAGGCUAGUUGUCCGAAAAUGCUGCCCUGAAUACAAAGAAGCUAGUGCCAUCCGUGGUGGAAUACCCCAUCUAACCCCCCCCUUUCUACGCCACUACACACACAAACACAUAUAGAGAACCUUGACCAGUCCAAGUUCUACUUCCGCUCUCUAACUCGUUUGUCUGGAUGAUAACCAUUGCUUCCAAAUGUCACUCGCACGGCACCAAUCAGGUGACAAAACGUCAAUGGUCAGUCCUACACUUUUAUGUAUCUGCCACAGUGCUUCACUUUCACUCGUCCGUUACUCAGCUCUGACUGUCACGGCACGUAUCGCUCUAGUGUCCUCGUGGGGCCCUCAACUGUGCUGCCGCUGCUCUCCCACUGUGUUCUCCCCGACUGUCCUCUACUCCUGUCUGGCUGAGUUCUCCCCUAAUCCCUUUCAACUCCUAUGCUCUACUGGCUUGAUUAAUUCUUCAAGUUCUCUCACACGAUGAAUACAUCGUACUAUUCUUACUAUCACUGAAUAAACUCAAGACCUUGUCAUAAUAAUUAAAACUUUAAUAUCUAGGUAUUUACUAUACACAUAAACACAUGGAUGUAGCGCAGCUCGCUAUCAGACAUAAAUAAUACACAUCCUACUUCUACAAAGUUCCAUUCACGACUGCCCCACGACUAAAACUUACGUCACAACACUGUCUAGACAAUACCUCACAAUCCGCAUAAAAAUACGUCACAGAGUCAAGCGCGGGAAGCGCGUUCACUAUCCAAUAAAACUCUCAAACACACACCGCGCGUAAUGAAACAUAAUACCCAGUCGCAACAAUUACUAAUGAACUCCCAUAAAGUCCCCAUGAAAGGUCCCCUUUCAUACUUACCAGAAUUUGUCUUGGCAUCUCUGAAGAUGUCUUCCCAGGACUAUCUAUUUCUACAUCCGUGCUGCCAAAUGUUUCUACAUCGGUGUUAAUAUUAGAUCACUGGCUUCAGCAACUAUACCCUGUCCGCGGUGCCAGAGAUUGUUCCGAGCACGGACUAGCAAGCCACCUAUGAGUUCACCGUAACCCACCCUCCCCCUAACCGGAUGACUCGAUGGUCGUGGUUGAUUUCGACGGACGAACAACAUCUUUGCAACCAACCGUUUCUACAUCUGUGCUACCAACUAUGUCUACAUAUGUGUACAACCCUGUACAAUGGAAACGUCACGCUUCCCUCGGUCUCAAUGGACAUUUCUCAUUAACUAGCAACCCGACCUUGCAUUCCAAUGUCGUGAUUUAUAACUACUGUCAUCGUCCCGGUGGUACUGGCUUCGUCCCGGUGGUACUGGCUUCGUCCCGGUGGUACUGGCUUCGUCCCGGUGGUACUGGCUUCGUCCCGGUGGUACUGGCUUCGUCCCGGUGGUACUGGCUUCGUCCCGGUGCAAUCUUACACCCUACGACGAAUGGCCAGUCUUCGCACAUGUGGGAUUUCUCCCCACCCUUGCAUUACCCAGGUGUUAAGUAGACGACGUGUUUAUGUCCCCGUGUUUCCCCGUGCUGUUAACUCUAACAGACAAAAAAAAACCUCAAAAUCGCAUUUAAGGUGUGGCUUUAAGCUAAAAAUAGUCUCUUGGUCUUGUUUACUACCAACUAAAUAAAAUCAAUGGUCUGUUUAUUCUUGGAACCUUGUGGAAUUAUGUGGAAUUUGCGAGAGCUGCGCUACAUUCAUAGUUUGCUUCUACACAAACUUCAGAUAUAAUAUGGGAUCCAAGGCACCACUAAAACAUGGAUCUCUAGCUUAAUCAGCCAUCGAUGCCUAGCAGUAGUGGUGGACGGUACAAGCUCCUCCUUUGUCGAUGUGAGGUCAGGGAUCCCCCAGGGAUCAGUGUUAGGCCCUUGUUUUUUCCUAGCAUACAUUAAUGACCUACCCAAGAAACUGACAUUCCAAGCAAGACUGUUCACAGAUGACACCGCUGUAUAUAGGACGAUCAUCAGCAGAUCUGACCAGGACCAGCUACAACAGAAUCUCAAUCGGUUAGCUGAGUGGGAGAUGAGCUGGGACAUGGAAUUUCACCCUGCCAAGUGCCAGACACUAUCAGUCUCUAGAAGUUGUACUCCUCUACACUACCAAUACGAACUGCAUGGUCAUAUACUUGAGCCAGUUUCCUCCGUAAAGUACCUGAGGGUUACCAUUCAAAGAGAGGUCCACUGGGACGAGCAUAUUAACAAUGUGUGUAACCAGGCAAACAAGACCCUGUGGUUUUUAAGGCGUAAUCUAAAGAUUGGUUACUCCUGUGUGAAAGAAAAAGCAUACAAAACCUUUGUCGGUCCGGUUUUAGAUUAUGCAUCUUCAGUCUGGGACCCAUUUACCCAGAAGAGCAUUGAUUGGAUGGAAAACCUCUAGUGUUGGCAGCAUGCUGGAAACAUUGAGCUGGUCACCAUUGGAGGAACGACGACGGCUAUCCAGGCUCUCCAUAUUGUACUAAAUAAGUAAUGGGCUGGUCCACUGUUCAAGUAUUAAACAGAAACUCGUCCCUCUCCCCCACAGACAGUGUCGAGGCCAUGACAGGUAAUUCCGGCUCAUGCCAGAAAAAACAAGUAUAGGAACUGCUCAUUCCUGGCAAAGACAAUCAAGGGCUGGAACAAGCUUUCAAAGGGAACAGUUGAGGCGACAACCUUAUACACGUUUGCGUCUAUUGCCUCAAGCCUUCCAACCUCCAGUGCACGCUUCCCUCACAAAGUAGCACUUGCAAUCAGUGAAAUAUCCUUAUCAACACCAGGCACCGAAACAUUGCAAAUUCCCACUACAUGCAUAGGAGCAAGAAGAGGAAGAGACGAUUAGAAUGCGAGAUCCUUGUCGAGAAAUAUAAGAAACAUGCCAUACCAAUAUAUAAAGCCGGGGAAUUGAAAGACUGAGGAGGGUUAGCAUUUAUUUUAUGGGAUCCAAGGCACCACUAAAACAUGGACCUCUAGCAUUUAUUUUACUAUGCGGGACGAUAGGCUAGAAUUAUUUUUAGAGUGUGUUAUUCUUGAUAGAGCAGUGUUUAUUUAUAAGUGUGAAUUCAUAUUCAUCGUUGUACCUUAUUUUUGGCACAGUGUAAUUUUCAUCAACUUUUGUACCAGUACAAGAAAUACAAUAUUUCUUUUAUUUUGUAAUUUAUUAGUAACUUAAUAAAAAUUAUUAAUUGUAGUUAGCACUAUUUUGAGUGUCGUAUUCUUUUGCUAUUGUAUUUCCCAUAUGGUAUCGUCUUUUGUUAUGCACUGUUUAGAGCGACCCAUAAACUUAACAUAAGAGAUUAAUUUAUCCCAAAAGACAGCAGUGCGUAACACCAAGCCUAGACCCUCCACACAAUACACACGCACACACUCACGCCCGCACACACUGUACCAAAUGUAGAUGUUGGGGUUUCCCAUCAUUCCGGGUGCUCUAUUACGCUAUGUCAAUUUAGAUUACUUGAUGCCCAAAACAUUGAUCAUUGCAGCGUGCUAAAUAAAAACAUUACAGCAACUUCUAUUUCAAAGGACUGUACUCAAAUUAUAGUUUAAUAAUGGCAGACCUGUUUACCCUUACGCUUUCGCCGUAAUAACUACGUAUUUAAGCCUUAGACUACGGCACUGAGACGAGCCUUAAAAAAAAACUACUGUUUAGUAAGUUUUUUCAUUUGUUUUGUUUAUUUUCAAUGUAAAAAAUGAAUCAUUGGGUUAUGUUCAAUAAAAAUAAAGAGAUCGUAUUUUUUUUGUGUUAACACCGUAUACAAUCCAAUAAAACAAAUCCUUCAACAAAGUGGAUUUCCUGACACAACUUGUAUUUUGAGUCUAUCCUCCCGCUAAUCACCAAACUACUCUUUGAAGUUUGAAACUACGUAUCUGACACCUGAAAACUACGCUGACACUAAUCCGGGGGGUAAACCGGUCUGUAAUGUGCUGAGCGGAUUUUAGGUUCGUUUAUCCCCCUUUGCACAAGGCGAGCUCUUUAAAAUUAAAUGACAUCUCAACAACUGAGGCAUUUUGAUUCGUAGCAAUCCUUUUACUUAGAAUUCUAUUGCACUGGUCUCGCCGUUGUUUUAGUUUAUUGUUCUGUUACUGGUUUUUUUUUAAAUUAUACUCUAUUUCUUUUUUUUUUAAUCCUUUAAAUUAACUUCACUUUUGUUAGUGGAUGGCUGGCUGGAUGGCAAAUGACCCGAUUGCCGUCAACCUAUCGAGCUGAAACUUGCCACAUAUGCUCGUUUCCGAUGACAACAUAUUCUUUCAAAUUUUGAACACACCCUACCCCUCACUGUUCGACGUUACAUUACAUAUAGGAUUUUUUAGAAAAAAUUUGUUGAUAAGAGGGGGGGGGGGGGUUUGUUUUUUUUUUUUUUUAUUUAAAUUAACUUCACUUUUGUUAGUGGAUGGCUGGCUGGAUGGCAAAUGACCCGAUUGCCGUCAACCUAUCGAGCUGAAACUUGCCACAUAUGCUCGUUUCCGAUGACAACACAUUCUUUCAAAUUUUGAACACACCCUACCCCUCACUGUUCGACGUUACAUUACAUAUAGGAUUUUUUAGAAAAAAUUUGUUGAUAAGAGGGGGGGGGGGGUGUUGUGUUUUUUUUUUUUUGUUGCUAACUUCCAUGAAAUUUUUUUUUAACAAAAUGUCAAAUGUGUUGACUAAUAAUUUGACGUUAAACUUGAAUUUGGAUUCAGUUUUUUUUUUCCUCUUUCAUAUUUCAGACGAAGACUCAGUUCUAAAACACAGUCUUUAAAUUAACACACACAAAAAGUGAUUAACUACUUGCUAAAUUCGAGUUUAAAAAAAAAAAUCUAAAAAUGGUCCAGUUGGUGCGAUCCACACUUCUGAUCAUCAUAUUUAGUGCGACGACCGUAUGUCAACUUUCAGAGGCGCAGUGCACACGUGGGACAUUAAAAGGUGUCGGCAGCGGCAACUGCACCAAGUGCCCGGAAAAUACUUUCAUGGAUGUAGACAAUCACACACACACGGAAUGUAAAAAGUGCAGAACGACACUUGAAAACCACGAAGGGAACAUUGAUGUACGUCGCGAGUGCAACGCAACGCACGAUUUAUUUUUGAACUGUUCUCAGAACCAUUUCGUCCAGGUAGAGGACCGGAGGCAAAACGUAGUUGAAUGUUCUGAAUGCCGAGUCUGUUCGAAUGGGGAAAAGUUUGAAAUAUUGCCAUGUAACGACAUCAACGACACGUUCUGCUGUGCGAGCGCCGACAUGGUGGCCGAGCCCAACAAGGAUGGACUAUACGAAUGCGCAUCCAGGCCCUCCACAACAUCUUCCACAACAAUCACAACAACUGUAGGUGAGACACAAUUUGAUUUUUAAAAAAAGUAUGAAUCCUAAUCUUAAUAGUUAAAGGCUUGAUGAUUUUUACAGUUGUCACAAAUCUUAGCGUGCUACAUAAUUAUUUUCACCUGAUAGUUCAUUCAUCUUUAGAGUUCUUGGCAAUUGAUGCAAUUUUCUUGACACUGCUUGGUAUUUCGUUAAAUUGUAUAGAAACUGUCAAGUGAAUUUAUAAUAAUUUUUUGGCCCUCCAUGGUAUCUUUCCCUGAGCAUAAUUUCUGUUUAUGUGCGUUGAAGCUGUCAUUGCUCAAUUACAGAAAACAAAAUUCAUGUGGGUGUCACAUUUUGUCUUCAAAUGGUUAGCCUUUUAAUGAUUCACUGAUUUGCUUAUUAACUUAAGACCAAAAUGCAUAUGUGAUAUAGUUUCAUUAACAUUUUAAACAUUGAUAGUUUUUUUUUUCAUUUUGAGGUAUCCAUUUCCCAUUUGUGAAUGAAUGUAAAUGAUGAAAUUUUAGCCUGGAAAAGGUUAGGUUAUCAUUGAUAUAGAAAGUAAAAAAUAAAAAGUUCUAUAUUUUUAUGGAGCUAGCCUCUCUGCCGAACCGUUAAUGUAUCUACGUCUUAAAUGAAUAUAUAUAUAUAUAUAUCUGNUCAUUUCAAAAACACGCUUCAUCCCCAAAGGCUCGAAGCGCGGUACAAAGUCAACGAAAUACAAAUCUAUAAUUUACCACAUUUAAAACAAACGCAACACUCCAAAAACUAAUUACUAGCAUACAAUUGCAAAGUCUUUCUAGCCAUUUCAACCAUAUAUAUAUAUAUAAGGUACAUCAGCGCAAGUGCGUAGCUAGGGUUAGUGCCACCCGGGGCAAGUCAAGAUUUUUGCAAACGACAUUUAACAACAGAAAAAACGGUAUGGAAAUAAAAUAAAAAAUUGCACUUAGAUUAGAAGUCGUGGGCAACAAAAGAAAUGUGACAGAAAGUAAGUGAGUGACAGAUUAAAUAGGGAAGAGCGAAAUAAAAGGAGAAGUAAGUUAUAACGAUGAAUAGGAAUUCACACUUAUAAAUAAACACAUCUCUAUCUAAUCGUCUCUUCCUCUUCUUCAAUUUAUUGAUAUUUUUUGCUCCUAUGCAUGUAGAGGGAAUUUGGAAUGUUUCUGUGCCUGGUGUUGAUGAGGAUAUUUCACUGAUUGCAAGUGCUACUUUGUGAGGGAAGCGUGCACUGGAGGUUGGAAGGCUUGAGGCAAUAGACGCAAACGUGUCUAAGGUUGUCGCCUCAACCGUUCCUUUUGAAAGCUUGUUCCAGCCCUUGAUUGUCUUUGGCAGGAAUGAGCAGUUCCUAUACUUGUUUUUCUGAUAUGAGCCCGAAUUGCCUGUCAUUGCCUCAUCGCUGUCUAUGGGGGAUUGGGGCGAGUUUCUGUUUAAUACUUGAACAGUGGACCAGCCCGAUAUUUAUUUUGUACAAUUUGGAGAGCCUGGAUAGGCGUCGCCGUUCCUUCAAUGGUGACCAGCCCAGUGUUUCCAGCAUACUGCCAACACUAGAGGUUUUCCUGUAGCGGUGUCAGGACAAAGCGUGCUGCCCGUCGCUGGACCGCCUCCAUCCUGUCAAUGCUCUUCUGGGUAAAUGGAUCCCAGACUGAAGAUGCAUAAUCUAAAAUCGGACCGACAAUGGUGUUAUAUGCUUUUUCUUUCACACAGGAGUUGCCAAUCUUUAGAUUACGCCUUAAGAACCAGAGGGUCUAGUUUGCCUGGUUACACACAUUGUUAAUAUGCUCGUCCCAGCGGACCUCUCUUUGAAUGGUAACACCCAGGUACUUGACGGAGGAAAUUUGCUCAAGAAUAUGGCCGUGCAGUUCGUAUUGGUAGUGUAGAGGAGUACAACUUCUAGAGACUGAUAGUGUCUGGCACUUGGCAGGGUGAAAUUCCAUGUCCCAGCUCAUCUCCCACUCAGCUAACCGAUUGAGAUUCUGUUGUAACUGGUCCUGGUCAGAUCUGUUUUAACGAUCGUCCUAUAUAAAGCGGUGUCAUCUUGCUUGGAAUGUCAGUUUCUUGGGUAGGUCAUUAAUGUAUGCUAGGAACAAACAGGGGCCUAGCACUGAUCCCUGGGGGAUCCCUGACUUCACACCGACAAAUGAGUAGCUUGUACCGUCCACCACUACUGCUUGGAAUCGGUUGCUGAGGAAGCUAGAGAUCCAUGUUUUAGUGGUGCCUUGGAUCCCAUAUUAUAUCUGAAGUUUGUGUAGAAGCAAACUAUGAAUGUAGCGCAGCUCUCACACAUUCCAUAUAAUUCCACAAGGUUCCAAGAAUAAACAGGCCAUUGAUUCUAUUUAGUUGGUAGUAAACAAGGCCAAGAGACUAUUUUUAGCUAGCCACACCUUAAAUGCGAUUUUGAGUUUGUUUCUUGUCUGUUAGAGUUAACAGCACGGGGAAACACGGGGACAUAUACACGUCGUCUACUUAACACCUGGGUAAUGCAAGGGUGGGGAGAAAUCCCACAUGUGCGAAGAGAUUAAAUUCGGAAGAGCGAAAUAAAAGAGGAGAAGUAAGGAAAUCAAAAUGCCACCAUAAAGACAAUUUUGAGGAUUUGAGAGCUAAGAGACCUUCAGUGGAAGUGUAUAGAGAGCUUACAUCCAGAAGAAAUAGGUGAUUUUUUUUUUUCCAGGUGAGAUUAGGAUAGAUUCGAAUGUUUGUAAAGCUCCGCCCCUCCACGUCCCGACCUAUCGCAGUGGACUUACUUCUCCUCUUUUAUUUCGCUCUUCCAUAUUUAAUACUUUCUGUCACAUUUCUUUUGCUGCCCACGAGAAUACGACUUGUAAUCUAAGUGCUAUUUUUUGUUUCAUUUCCAUACCGUUUUUUCUGUUGUUUUCUUCCCUGACGAAGGCUUUCUGCCGACAUGUUCGUUGUUUUGUUGCGUUCCUUUUUCAGGUUUAAUCCUACUUUUUUUUUACAAAUUUUAUAUUGGGCUAACCUGAUUUCAGGCUCUCCCCUUAUUACCAUAAAAAAUAUUAUUGUUGAUUCAGACAUUAUUUAAAAUAAUAUCUUAAAGCACCAUAAAAUAAAAAUGUAUGUAUACGAAAAAACGUUCUCACCUAUAUUUUAGAUUCCAGUUUACCGAAGGAAGCAAGUACAUGAAUAAGCAUCACCGGCGUAAUUUAAGGGGCAGUAGUUACUGCUUUGUUGAUUUAUUUUUGUAUCCAAAAUAGUUGGGGCUGUUAUAGAAAUAAAUUCUCACAAGGUUACGCUUCCACUAAAACUGAUGAUGACGAUGCAGUUGAUGUAGAUAUGGAGUAAAUAGGGAGAUUAUUUUAUUUAUCUGUACUAAAUACAUUUGAAUAUUAAAGUAAAAGGUAUAUCGGUGCACAUUGUAGGCAUGAAUUAUUGAAAUAAAAUUUUUAAGUGCAUUAACGAAGAAAAUUUUUUUUUUCAAAUUAUUAUGAAUUAUUACGUAAUGAAACUUGGUAUUGCCCGCACAUCUUUGAGUUCGUCCCCUUUGCUUCUACUGUACUGCACUGCAUCUUUUUCCAUUAGCAUCUGCUGGAUGGAUUAUGGUCAGAUUUAAAAUUAUUACCUCUCAUGCUUAUGUGGUGAGGAUCAGAGUCCUGACGAACGAUGCAAGCCUACGUAGUCAAAUUUUACGAUUUUCAUUGCAAUUUUCUCGUGACGCAGCGAAAAAUAAAAGGUACUCCUUGGAUACAACAAUCGCUCAAGGAGAAAAAAAAAAUUUACCUGGAAAAAAAUGCCUGCCGACAAGGUUCCAGUUACACAGUUAAUUUUGGCUAAUCUCCCUUUAUAAUACUCUAAUUACCACUGUUCCUCGGCCACUGCCCCCUCAGGUAACAAACGGUGAACCUCUGAGAGGUUCAUGGAAAUACCUAAAAAAAUCUCAGACGGCUACUUUGUUGGGGAUAUAUUUAUUUGGAUGUAAACACAAACAGACCACCACACAAACACAUCACGACACAAACACACCACCACACAAACACAUCACCACAAAAAUACACCACCACACAAACACAUCACCACACAAACACACCACCACACAAACACAUCACCACAUAAAUACACCACCACACAAACACACCACCACACAAACACAUCACACACAAACACACCACCACACAAACACAUCACCACAUAAAUACACCACCACACAAACACACCACACGCUCAGUUCUACAUCAAGACUAAAAGCUAAUUUUGUCUUUGCAAUUUUUUUAAAUGUUAAUGAACUGAUUUAAUGUGUGGAUUAUUACAGUUAUCUAUCUUUAAUUACAGAUGGCGCCACCACUUCAAACAAUGGGUACGCAACACACGUGACCAGCCAAACUUCAAAUCAAUAUGAACUAAACAUUACGUCUAGUUCAGACAAUAGCGGACGAAAUGAACUUGAUAGUGCGCCAAUUGCAGCAAUCGUUGUAUCAAUCGUUUUUGUUAUUGCUGUCAUUGUUAUCAUUAUCGUUGUUUGUCACUUAGGACGUAACAAGACUGCCCGUGAGAACUUAGCAGGGUGUUGCAAAACUUUAACAAGCUGUUGCAGACCAAAGGUACAACCUGGUAAUAAACACGAAAUGAAAGAGUUAAAUAAAGGGAAGCAUUAGCUCUUCCGACGUAAAUCGAUCAUAAUUUGUUUAAAAUAUCGGAUUGGUGAUCACCCUUUGCGUUGGGAAUAGCGCCACGAGUCUCGACCCUUUGAGUUCUGUUCCCACGUGUCAAGGUUUAUGUAAAACGAUUUCAGAGAAGUUUUCAGUGUGUCUUUAUAAAAGGAAAGGACUGAUAAGGGGC